UCGGAGCAUAAUCGUCGUCAGUCCUCAAAACGCGACCCACCACCCCCUCCUACUCUAUCCUUCUCACGUUUUCACUUCCUUAUUUUUCAUUUCAUUUCAUCUUCUUUUCCCUCUCUUGGCCCCCUGAUGUUUUCUCCUCCAGUUUCAUUGCGCUCUGUGCACUAGUUAGUAAUUACACAAAGAGGAACACAGCAACCGAUUAUACUCUCCUUUUUGCUGUUUCCAAUUCCCAAAUGUCGGCAAUAAAGAGCCCACCAUCGAGCAAAUUGUUUACGUUAGGGCUCGUAUCAGCAUGGUACUCAUCGAACAUUGGUGUGUUGUUACUCAACAAAUACUUGCUAAGCAAUUACGGAUUCAAGUACCCAAUAUUUCUUACAAUGUGUCACAUGUCCUCCUGCGCUUUGCUCAGCUACAUCGCCAUUGCAUGGAUGAAAAUAGUCCCUUUGCAGACCAUCCGAUCUCGUGUUCAAUUCGUUAAAAUCUCUGCUUUGAGUCUAAUCUUCUGUGCCUCCGUUGUCAGUGGUAAUAUCUCGCUUAGGUAUUUGCCUGUAUCGUUUAAUCAAGCAAUUGGCGCUACGACGCCAUUUUUCACGGCGGUGUUUGCGUACCUCAUGACUUUAAAGAGUGAAGAUUGGCUUACGUUUAUCACCCUCAUUCCUGUUGUCACCGGCGUUGUUAUCGCCAGUGGGGGCGAGCCAAGUUUCAAUCUGUUUGGAUUCAUAAUGUGUGUUGGUGCGACAGCUGCCAGAGCACUCAAAACCGUGGUACAAGGGAUAUUGCUUACUUCUGAAGGUGAGAAGCUGAACUCCAUGAAUCUCCUUCUGUACAUGGCUCCUAUUGCUGUCAUACUCCUGCUUCCAGCAACAAUGUACAUGGAAGAGAAUGUGGUUGGCAUAACAAUAGCACUCGCUAGACAAGAUUUUGGGAUCAUUUGGCUCUUGAUUUUCAACUCUUCACUUGCUUACUUUGUGAAUUUAACCAAUUUUUUGGUCACAAAACAUACAAGCGCCCUUACACUUCAGGUCCUUGGAAAUGCAAAGGGAGCAGUAGCAGUAGUUGUCUCAAUAUUAAUUUUUAGGAAUCCGGUUUCUGUGACUGGGAUGGCUGGCUACACACUCACAGUUCUUGGUGUUAUUCUCUAUGGAGAAGUUAAGAAACGUAGCUCCAAAUGAGAAAAUGUUACUGUUUUUAACUUUUAACUUAAGCUGAGUUGACUCGUUUUUUGCUUCUGCAUUCAAGGGCACCGCAUUGAUAGGAACAAUUUUGGCAAGGAAGCCCUUAGGCUAACACAUCUCUAGACUUGCCCCUAUUAGAGAAAAUUCUUCUUUUAUUAGUUUUUGUUACAUUCUUUAUGGAAAAGAGUUGUAGAAUUAAUCCCACAAAACUACAUCAUAUCAAGUUUGUAGUGAUUUAUCUGUUUAAAAACUUUUCAAAAUCCCAAGAUUAGGGUGUGUUGGAUACCCCCUUUCCAUGAUUAUAUCUAUCCAAUAGUUGUUUCUGGGGUGGUAUCUUUGAAACCAUAAGAAACACGCAAGAAAAAAGAGAGUUUUGAGUGUAUGGGAAAUAGUAAGUGGCAACUAAAUUUCAAGUACAGAGGAAGUAGUAUGUUUAGAUAAAUAUGGGCACCCAUGGAACCAACCAAUCAAACAAAAGGAAGUCAAUAAGUCGAAAGGAAAGCUUACUCAUCAAACGACAAUAAAAGACAAACACAAGCAAAACAAGCCGAAAACUUUGUUGGAAAAUGGUAAGUAGAAGAUGAACAUCAUGAAUUUGUAGGUGUUUCAAACUUCAAACUUCUGGGAUAGAAGCUGCAGCUGCUGUUGCUGCUGCUGCUGAUGCUGCUGAUGCUCGCUUAAUGGAUGCAGACUUGAUGAGAUGAUUGUAGCUCCCCUUCUCCUUGAAGAGCUGUGAGAAAUGAUGCUUGCAAUACAAAAUCCCCUCCAA